AUGAAGAUGGUACGGUCAAAUCCGGACAAGACGAAUAUAUAUGUUGUCCCGAGGCCAUGUUUGGACUAUCUGUCUCGCCAGUUCUUUUAUCUUUCAACAAAAUCUCCUAUCUUUUCCGAUGUCUUACAGCUUUCUUCUAAUCCGUACAACUUCAUGACUACGCUUCAGCCAGGAAUUCGAUGGGAUUCAACCAAAUACGAACUCGAUGACUUCGACUUCAAUGAACUUACGGGGAUGUUCUCACAGCUGCGUGGUGGUUGUGGGUCCAAUUUUAACUCCUACUUCGGAUUGAUGAAAAAGUUUGUGAUGCUUACUAUGACUAAUUACGAGUUGGAUGCUCAAGCCAAGAAAUUUCUUUCCGCUGAACUUUUACCCGUUCAUGAGAGGUUCGUCUACAGAAUGAUCCAAAUAUGUGACCUGCCUGUAAAAACGAGAUCACUGGACGAUAUUCUCAGCGGUAAAGAGGAUUCCAGAGAAAGACUUUUUCUACCUCAUGUUUCAACACUCAAUGCUAUGGCUAUAUUAUAUAGUCUCGCUUAUGGUUGGAAAGCCCCUGAUAAGAAAUUCGGUGAACUGGUGGCAAACUCUGUGCAUACGCUGUUGAGGGAUCGCAUUGAUGCAGCUUUACAUGUAAGAAAAGUCCCAUUGACGAAUGAGAUUGGUAUACAUGCCAAGUACCAGGGCACAUCCACUGAUGAAGGGGGACAAUCGAAGAGCUCAGAUGACAUUUUAUAUGCGUCCGAUUUUUUGAAGUCAUUCUCGAACAAGAGUCAUUUUCUUGGUUAUGAAAGCGAUAAGCUUCUUCGGUUUCGAUGUCAUGCCAAUCUCUACAAGCGAUUGAAAUGCUACUAA